UUGGAGAUUGGAAAUUGGAGGAAGGGGAGAUUGGAAAAUUGGGGAAACAAAUCCGGAAAGAGCGGAAGAAAAUUGGUGAAGCCCGGAAGGAAUAUAGGAGAGAUCAAGAGUGAGAAAGGCAAAUCAGAAAAUUGUACUUGGACUUCAAGAAAUAAGGUGUUGAUUUUCCUAUUUUUUGCAGGGAAAAUGCCGGAGGAGGAUGCAAAUAAUGCGUUCCGAAUUUUAUCUUCCAGCAAAGUUAACAAGGUCUGCCCUAUAGAAUUCAAGCAGCCUUUAGAAGUAAUUAAAGCAUGCCGUAAUAUAGGUGCUCCAAGUCCUUCCUCCUGUUGCUCAUCAAACACUUAUAUUGCGGGGAUACAAAAGCAGAUGUUAAUUACAAACAAACAAGCAAUUACCUGUGCGAUGGAAUUUGGGUCUAUGUUACGAAGAGGUGGAGUCAUGACAAAUGUUUGUGAGCAUUGCGAUGUUGACUUGAAGGAUUUUAGCAUUCAAGGUGUCUACUACGAAGUUUGCCUGCAGAUGUGAUACUUGACAAUUUAACAGGCUUUUACAGCUUUACAUGUAACUUAACUGACAACAUUGCAGCUCCAUGGCCUGCUUCAUCCUUAAUGUCAUCCUUAACUUUAUGGGCUCCAGGAAACUGUUUUUAAAAGUAAUGAUUUUAUACAUUGUUACAUUUGCUUAUACAUAGAUCAUAGAUGGGAUCAACAGAAUUGAAGUUUAUAUUCUGCAAUGAGCAAAUUUUAGUUCUUGUCACCCCAAUGUUUCUUAAUGAUUAUUCUUUUGCAGAGAUGUCAUUGCCUGCAUUACCAUCAUUUGAGAAACAGAAAAGUAUUGACUGUCGCGCAUGCGCACUGGAAGUAUUGUACUCAUUUUUUCGUCUUUUUGUUUUCAGUAUGUUAUACUUAAGUGAGCUGUUAUUUUAGUUUAAGGGUUGAGGUGGGUUUGAAAAUGGAUUUGGCCUCCGUUUUUUUUUUCUUUUUUUCUUUUUUUCUUUUUUCUUUUUUAAUGGGAAUAGAGGGAUCUUUUUGGU